AGGCUGAGUAUAAAAGGGAGGGUUGAGGGAGGGGGACUUGUUUUUCAUCGAGCAGUCGACUGCAAGAAAGAACUCUGCUGAAGGAGAAUCAAAGACACGCACGAUCAGGGCAGUGAGGACUCACAGCAGCAAUGUGGGUGUGCCUCAGCCUGCUCUCGGCUCUCUGCCUGCUCCCUGGGGGCGGGGCAGAGAGCCAGGGAGGCGGGCCUCAGUGUCAGCUGCCACCCGAUUGGAAGAUCGGGGAGGUGAUGCCCAUGAAGGAGGCGGAGGGCCGGGUGACUGUUGUGGCACUGCUGCAGGCUAGCUGACUUUUCUGCCUGGUGCAGGCAUCCAAUAUGGACGGCCUACGCCAGAAACUUGAAAAUCAGGGCCUGGUGAAUGUCAACUACAUGGUAAUCAACCACCAGGGGAUACAAGCCCAGCGCCUGCAUUCCAUGUUGACCACCAGAUUGUCAAGCAGCAUCAGCCUCUACAAGCAGGGGGACCAGGAUGCCGAUGUGUGGCAGGCCUUGAAAGGGGAGAAGGAUGACUUCCUUAUUUAUGACAGGUGUGGCCGUCUCACCUAUCAUAUCGCACUGCCAUAUUCCAUCAUCGGGCAGGGUCAUGUAGAGAACGCCAUCAAAGAUACCUACUGCAAACGCAUAUGUGGGGACUGUUCACAUGAGAGCGUGGACGUUCCAGCGGAGUGCACCAGGCCAGUAGUGGCCAGGCCUGAUGCGGCGGGGGUGGGUACCACCGUCAGAGAGGAGGGGGUGGCGCAUGGGGAUGGGCACGGUCGUGGUCAUCACGGUCAGGGUCAUCACCAUGGCGACCAGCAGGUUGUUGCCCACGCCGGACACGAUCACGGCCACAGGCAUCACCAUGGCGGCCAGCAGGUCGCGGGGCAGGCUCAGCAGGGCGGGGUCGACGACGGCGGGUCGUUGCUGCACUCUGGCGGCCAGCAGGCUGCAGACCUGAGCCUGGUGCCGCAGGAGGCCCAGGCCGUGCUUGUCAUGCAGCGACCGUGAGCGGCCGGCCAGGGCAUGUGAAAGUCGAGGCGCAGCUGACAGUGGAGCGCUCUCCCCGGCAACGGAGGCGCGCUCCGCAGCAGCUGACGCUGACACUGACGCAGGCUGACGAGCGACGCGGGGCGCAAGCAGCUGCUGGACUCCUGACACUGUGACGAGGCGCUCCCCGCCUCCUGACAGUGACAGGGGCCGGCGGGCGACGCCACCAAUCAGGUCACCGAGACCUGACAGUGACGCCUGCCCCCGGCUGACUGACAGCAGCCUCCGCCAGCCCAGUGAGCCUGACCCCCAGGUGUUGAGAGUUGAGUAUGAGCACAGGCGUAAGCUGUGCUCUGACGAUCAGUCCUCAAAGGUACCAUCCUCUUUCAACACUGGGGCGAAGCGCUCUGCUGAUACCAGCAAGUAUUGCCCUGAGAAAGAAUGGAAGCACCUCUUAGGGGAUGGCAGGGGUGGGUCUUAAAGUCAGUCUUAUUCAUAAAAGAACAACAUCUUUUCAAUUAGCUCAUUGGUCACGUUACAAUUACAACUAAACAACACAGUGUGAUUUGGAAAUAGAUUUGGAUUUGAACCUUUUGAUAAAUAACUACAUAAGAAGAUGACUUCCACCUGCCUCUGACGUUUUCUGUUAGUGGUUGAUUCCCUUUCUUUCUCGGGGUUUGGAAUGAUCAUGUUUCUGUUGCUCCACUUCCAUUUUGCUCUCUCCAUCCUUAAUGAAGGUACGUGCAUAAACUAUGGACUAGUGGCACGUGUUUGAUAUCACGCAGGAGAGAGGGGAGGUCGGAGUUCACUAACAUGAACAAAUUCCACUGAUUUUGAUUUGAAGUUAAUAGGGAAUUAUCUUGAAAUUAAGGGUAAGGGACAUUUUAUACAAAUUAAAGCAUUAAUGCACAAGAAUAAACUCCAGCAAAUACGUAUACUUAUUCAGCACAAAUCAAAUAGCUUUUUUCUUCAUAAACCAGAUAUGAUGAACAAAAUAAUAUUGAGGGUCUAAACUCUGAAAUGAAAGAAAGCACACUUAAAGCAAACCGAGAGUUUGAUUUCUAUAUAAUUCAACUUUUGAAAUUGCCCAACAACAUUCUAUUAUAAAUCCAUUGUAACUCUUGCACGGUAACUUAGCUUUAUCUGUGCAAUUGUUACCUACUUAGACAUAAAUUAGGUAAACAUUAUUUCCACUUAAAUAUAUUUCUUUCCUAUUUUUUUUCCAGUUACACCCCUGCGCUUUUAAAAUAGUACACAUUUUAUUAUGCUUAUUGUUUUGCUAAAUUGUCAGAAAAAAAUAUAAAUUGUUGGAUUGUUCUCAUUUGACGGAGGGUUGGAAGACAGCGCAUGCGGCCUGGUAACAUGUUCUGUACUCAAUGAAAGUAUCUGGUGGAAGACAAGAGUCACCCAGAGACCUGAUGUUUGCACAGAAAGAUGUAUCUCACUGUGUCGUUGAUCUAAACUGCACUCUGUUUAAUAAAAAGACCCUUCAACGAA